GGAGCCUGGUGGGCUGCCGUCUAUGGGGUCGCACAGAGUCGGACACGACUGAAGUGACUUAGCAGCAGCAGUAACAGCAGCAUCACAUAAAUUGUAUCCCUGAUAACAAUGUUAAACUGGAAUCUAAUCUCGAAGAGGAGACAAUUAGAAAAAUCUAGAAUAUAGGACAUUUUAUGAGACAAUUGGCUGGACUUUUCAAAAAAUUCAGUGUUAAGAAAACAGAAGAUUGGGGAGGUUCUCUGUGUCAAAGUAUUUAGAAGUGAAAUGAUAUUUUGUCUGCAGUUCACUUUCAAAUAGCUCAUCAAAAAUGCAUAUGUCUGUGUUUAUAGAGAUAGAAGAAAACAAGUUGGUGAUCCUCGGAGGUGAAAGACUGUGUGUAUGUGUGUGGGUGUCCAUUGUACUAUUCUUUCAACUUUUGUUAAGUUUUAAAAUGUUCAAAAUUUAAAGCUGGAGAAGAUGCUUAUUCUUCGUUUGAACCUCAAUCCAGCUUUUAAUAUUUUUUGCCUGUUGGUUUAAUUGUGCUGUUUGGAGCCACUCGGAUAGAUUUGAAUUCUCCACCAUGUGGUGUUAGUGUUACUGGUAAUGGUGAUCCUGGUCGUUUUUAUGUAACAUUUAUUGAAUGCAUACCAUGAUAUGCCAGACACAUUAUUUCAGUUAAUCUUUCUAACCACUCGUGAGUUCAUAUUCAUUUCUCCUUGUAAAGAUGAAAAGACAGACAGCUAAAAAGCUAUCAUUAAAGCAACAGGAAAAAAAAAAAAAGCAUUUCAUCUUAAGAAUGAAAAUGUGAAUUUGUGAGGCUGGCAAGAAUAUUCAUUUGGUGAAAACAAGAUAGAAAAACUUGGGAUAAAGUCACUAGACUUUAUGCAUAUUUUUCUGGCCUGGAACUUGUUCUAUAUACAACCUGCCAUUGAGAAGCAAUCUGGUGUGGUGGUGAAGAUCACCAUUUCUGAAGCCGGAAUGCCUGGGUUCAAAUUCCAGCUCUACCAUUUGCAAGCUGCUCCUGCCUGAGAAGCACAUCUCUGCAAUUCCUACUGGAUUUUUACUACCCUUGGAUGCACUCCUGAUAUGGAGAAGAUUGAAGAACAAUUUGCCAACUUGAACAUUGUUAAACGUUCCUCAGAAACUAAAGAGCCUACUUACCUGCUUGGCAUAGACACAUCAAAGACUGUACAAACAGAAAAAGGAAGCUUGGUUGCUGUUCUGUGUUCUAAUGGAUCAAUCAGAAUACAUGAUAAAGAAAGGUUAAAUGUAAUACGAGAAUUUAGAGGGUAUCCUGGGCUUAAUGGAGUCAAGUUUGCGAAUUCCCAUGACCGUGUGUAUUCCUCAUGCACUGAUGGCACUGUGAAGUGUUGGGAUGCUCGACUGGCCAGUGGCAAACCUGUCCAGCUGUUCAAGGGUUACCCUUCCAAUAUUUUUAUCAGUUUUGAUAUCAGCUCUAAUGAUCAUGUCAUUUGUGCUGGUACAGAAAAAGUUGAUGAUGAUGCAUUGCUGGUAUUUUGGGAUGCAAGAAUUAAUUCUCAGGACUUGUCUACUACCAAAGAGCCACUUGGUGCAUAUUCAGAGACACAUAGUGAUGAUAUCACUCAAGUACGUUUCCAUCCCAGCAAUCCAAACAUGGUAGUCUCAGGUUCAACUGAUGGCCUGGUGAAUGUAUUUGAUAUUAGCGCGGAUAAUGAAGACGAUGCACUGGUCACAACCUGUAACUCAGUUUCAUCAGUAAGCUUUAUUGGUUGGUCUGGGAAAGAUUAUAAACAGAUUUACUGCAUGACACAUGAUGAGGGAUUUUGUUGGUGGGAUCUUAAUCAUCUGGAUACAGAUGAACCAAUUACAUGUUUGAACAUUCCUGAUGUCAGAGAAGUAAUUAAUGUGAAAGAAGGGAUUUUGGACUAUUUGAUUGGUGGCCUAUAUCAUGAAAAGACGGACAAAUUGUUUGUUGUCGGAGGGACAAACACAGGAAUUAUUCACAUAAUGAACUGUAUGACAUCAGGAUUGGUCCAUGUGACCAGCCUUCAAGGAGGGCAUGCUGCUAUGGUCCGGUCCUUCUGUUGGAAUAUGCAGGAUGAUUCUUUGCUAACUGGAGGAGAAGAUGCACAGUUGUUACUUUGGAAACCUGGAGCAGUAGAGAAGACAUUUACAAAGAAAGACAGCAUGAAAAUAGCAUCCUCUGUACACCAGCGAGUUCGCGUUCACAGUAAUGAUUCUUAUAAGAGAAGGAAAAAGCAAUGAUGUUACAUUGGGCGUUUACUUGAUAGGUUUUAUAGUUGCAAAUAAUUAUUUCUGUGUACUACCUGUGGUAGACAUGUUAAAAGCUCAUAUAUAAAUAAAAACAAGCCAGUUAGCAAACAA